AUGCCCGGACUCACCACAGCUCAGGUCACCGCUCUUUCCUCGACCAACGUGGUGAUUCACCCUCUCGUCCUCCUCUCGGUCGUCGACCACGCCUCUCGAGUCCCUCUCUCACGCAAUAAACGUGUGCUAGGCAUACUUCUCGGACAGGACAAUGGCGGAAUAAUCAAUGUCGCGAAUUCGUUCGCUGUUCCAUUCGAGGAGGAUGACCGGGAUCCCAAGACGUUCUUCCUGGAUCUGGACUAUGUUGAGGAGAUGUGGAGGAUGUUCCGGAAAGUUAACGCUAAGGAACGGCCUGUAGGCUUCUAUCACUCUGGACCUCGGCUCCGGUCAUCCGACCUCGAAAUCAGCGAUCUAAUCCGCCGAUUCUGCGAUCGGCCAGUGAUGGUGAUCGUGGAUGUGCGGAGUACGGGUGGAAGGGGAGAGACGGGUAUACCAACAGACGCGUACUUUGCCGUCGAGGAGAUUAGAGACGACGGAACCGCCACACAGCGCACCUUCACCCAUGUGCCCACCACCAUCGAAGCCGAAGAAGCCGAGGAGAUCGGUGUCGAGCAUCUCCUGCGAGACGUCUCAUCCUCUUCUGGCGCACCCUCCUCUUCGCUCCUCACCACUCAAUCCCUCUCUACGCGAGUCACCACCCAGCUCUCGGCCCUCCGGGGUCUGCACGCCCGCCUUGCCGAUAUCGGCGAGUACCUCGACCGCGUCCGUGCUGGCAAGAUGCCUAUCAAUCAUCAGGUGAUCAGUCAGGUGCAGGAGGUGGUGGGGCUGUUGCCGCAAUUGGGCGGAGAUGCGGAGUUGGGCAAGGCGUUCAGAGUGGGUGUGAAUGAUAGCAGUAUGGUGGUCUAUCUGAGCGCGCUGGUGAGGACCGUGUUAGCCCUGCACGAAUUGAUCGACAACCGAAUCUCGAUGGCACAGCAGGAGCUGGACGAUGCCAAGACGCCAGAACAGAAAAAGGCCGAAGCUGCGGCGGAGGCGGCGGGAGUCAAGGCGGAGGAUGUAGAGAAGGCAAGGAAGGAGAAGAAGGACGAGGAUGAGAAGAAGGCAAAGAAGUAA